GUGGUCCUCGAGGCAAACGAAGCUAAACUGAAAGUGACUACGGACCACCGUGUUGUGCUGGCCUCUGGUCACCUUGUAUCCGCUGCGCAGCUGAAAGUGGGAGAUGAGGUUGUGGUUGACGGUGUUCCCACGAAGCUGACUUCGGUGGACUUCAUCCUAGGCGAAGUGCGGGUUUUGAAGAUCACCUUCCAGCCGGACGAGCCAGUGGCGGUGUUUCAUCAGCCAGACCUCCCAGUGGCAGUGUCGCAGCCAUCUAUCCAUAGCCAUGGCCAUAAGCCCAAGAAGAUUCGCCGUGGUGGGAAGCAUUAUCACACGGUCAAGGAAGCAGCAGAUGCCUGGAGUAUCCCUGACACCCAGGGCUAUUAUUCUGAUUGAAAGGAGCCGCAGAAGAUUGGAUGAAUUGGAGCUCGAGUUGACGACGCUGAGCGCACUCCUCACCAUGCAAAUUAACGCAGAUGCAAUUGCGGUCAUUGGCAAUCAUCAGCAAUUAUAUUGGGCGCAACGUCCAUCUGGCACACAGAAUGUUAGAUUCUCCUCAAACAGGUAUGGGCACCCGUG